UAAACCAAUCCAAACCAAAUCCUUUUCACUUCCCAUUUUCAGCAGGAGAGAGAGAGUGGAGAAACACAACUUAAUAGCAAUAUUUUUUUUACUUUUUAGUCCAACAGCUAGCCGUGAGAGAGAGAGAUGUCUAUCACUUUUCUUUUUUAUUCUCACAUCUUCUCAUUCAUUCUUAUUUCUCGAUCCUAGCUAACUAGACACCACAGCCACCAUUUCCAACCCCGUUUAAGCAACGAAACAGCCCGAAAAAUACCAGUUCUGAACAGCCAUGUAACAGCUCCAUUUUAGCUCCGAAACCAGCCCCAUUUCAGUCACAAAUAAUCAGUCUAGAAAUCAGCCACCGUCCAGCCGCAAAACAGUCCGAGAACAGCCGCGAACCGGUCCCCGACAGAACUCCAUUGCCGUACAAUCAACCCCCAAACUUCACCGCCGUUCUUGUCGCUCUCCGCUACAACUACCGGACCGAGAUCUGAGAGAAAUGUCUGACGUGGACCCAAGCAGACCGUGGGCAUGGUCUUGGCACAUGUUUGAUCGGGGCGUCCUUCCGAACAUUUUUGAACAGACCACAGAACAUGGACAAUGCGGUUGUUGCUCCAUGGUAGCAACGUCGGCAGCUUGCUCCGCGGCAUGGGCAAUUAAGACCGCAAGGCCCCCUCUUGAUUUAGCUGUACAGGAGCUAAUCAACGAAGUCCCCAAACAUUACUGGGAUGAAGUGACUGUAAACCCUAAUGACCCUUGUGCUUCGGCAUAUACGAGCACCUCGUUCAAGUACAUAAAAAGGUUCCAUAUCGGGAUGGCUGGAGAUCUUCCAUAUGAGGGGAGGCCGAAUGAUGCUGAACUUCCACCCAAUUGCCGGAAGCUUGCUAUCGAUAAUUUUACCGUCUUUAACAAUCGGACCCCUGAGGAGAAUAGUCGACACAUUAACAACUGGGUACAAGUCCCGAAUGUGCGAAUUCCAGUUAUGAUGGAGAGGCUUUAUCGACGACCCCUCGUAGGAGAGUUCCAUAUGUUUCCGCAACACUUUGAACAGAUGCAAGAUGGAAUCUAUAGCAAUAGGACAAGGGACCCCCACAAUGUUGAACUUAAACCUAUUGCGCAUGCCAUCCUCGUCGUUGGAAUGGGACACGGCCCCUUUGGCCGAGAUCCCUAUUAUAUUUGUCAGAAUAGCUUUGGUUCCGAUUGGGGGUUGAACGGUGGAUAUGUUAGGAUAUCCGACGAAGAAUUCUUCAAUUUCUACGACGUGAAAGUUAGCGAUGUGGUAAAUACAGGAGUUCAGGUUAUUUAUUUGCAUCAAUUUUUUUUGAGAAAGUUAAAUAGGAGCCCUGUAACAUAGGUAUACGAAGUCCCCGUCCUAUUGAGUUUCAAUAAUUAUGUUCUCUUACUGGAAGUUGAAAAAACCCAACAAUAUCCUUAUUUAAACAAAAUGUUCAUUUUCUUAUAUUACCUAAUUGCUCACAACACAUAAACCCACUCCACCCCCCCCCCCCCCACCCCCUCUCUUUUUUGAUAAAAACAAGGUGUCGUCGGUUCUGGAUCGGGAAGGGCGUCUGGAUCGAGAAUGUCGUCGGGGGCCUCUGGAUCGAGAACGACCAUUGAUCGAGAACGGCGGCGGCGUUGAUCUUGGAGCAAAACGGUGCGCCUAUUUAUUUCCUCUUCUUUUUUUACUUCACUUCACAAUUAUAUGCCACUCUAAUUUAGGUUUAUAUGACAUUGUUUUAUAGGUGAUGGUGUUCAGGGUGAGAUGGUGGAGGUGAAUUAAAAAUUUAUAUUCUGUAAUUGCAACCUUUUUCUUGACUUUUCUAACCAUAAAUGUCCAUAUAUAAUAGAUACUACAAACACCACCAUACCAUACACGUCAAAAUAAUUUAGUGGACUCACUUUGAAUGCUGUGGUAUUUUAAGAAAAUAUAAGACUAUGGAGUAAGGCACAUAAGAGGGGUAAAAAUUAUGGGUAUAAACUCUACUUUAGUGUAAAUAAAUAUACAUACGUCAAAGAAGAUCAGAUUAUUAGUGGGUUAACCAAAAUCCCCGAGUCCACCAAAAUGAAUGGAAGACUUUAGUUGGUGGCAAUAGUGGAGCUGGCCGUGGAGGGUAAUAAUAAUAAAAUAAAUGCAAACAAAAACAUAAACCAUAUAGUCAAUUUUCACCUCAAAGAUUAGAACCAUGCACACACUCCGUCUGCAUAUCUAGCUCAUGUCUUUGAAUUGUACAUAUAUAUAUGUAGGAGUAUUUUUUUUUUUUUUAACCUUAGUAAUUCUACUUUUGGUUCUGUUCUUGUUUUACUGUCAUUUGUACAAUAUGUUUAUAUUAAUUAGUAAUUCUGCUUUUCUUAUCUUUUCGUAUAAUGAUUUUUAAAGUCAACGAUUAGGUGUUCGGGCUUGGCCUAUUUUUGGAGUUUCGCCUUUUGCCUUCGGCCCUCCUGGGUGUUGGGCUUAGUCCCAUUUGGUGUUUUGUAUCCUGUCUCCCCCCAUUUGAUGUACCCAUUAUUAAGUUUUUCUAAUAAUAUUUGCCGCUUCAAAAAAAAAAAAAUAUACAUUUGAGGUUUUUCGGGCAUCCGUACGUCUUCAAGUAUGUCGAGGACUUGUCUUCUCUUUCUCCUUUAUAAAAUUUCUACGCUGACCGCUAGUUUUCCACUCUCUUUGUACACUGAAUAAUUCUCGUAUACACGUAUUAAAACCUCCGAUGCCACAUUUCCAUCUCCGGCCAUCCUCUUCCAUCUCCCUUUUCCUGUCAACUGCAUAAUUGUGGUCCACUCUUCAAAUGUGAGUUACGAAUAUACUUUGGUUACAUGUUUUGUUUUCUCUAUAUUUUACAGAUAUCGAAAAGCUUGGUUCCAUACUUUAAUUUGUUGAUAAAAAUGGAUUUGUGGAUUUAAAUGUUGAAACGAGCAUAAUUUGGAAAAUAAUGUUUAAAUAUGAUGAAUCAAGGGAUUAAUCGGAAAAAAGAAGGAUGAAUGGAAUAGAUUGCAUUUUAUGAAAUAAAGGCGGGCAAUGUAUGCCUGCUAUUGAAAAACAUCUAAACGUGAGUGUCCUGAGAAUGGGACAAUGGAUUGGAAGUGCAUGUUUUGAUUUGGAGGUUUGGUAGGGUACGGCCGGGUACCCUAAAGACUUGAUAUCAUUUCCUCGGAUUUAACAGGUAGCUCCCGUCAUACCGGUGUCCGUUCUUAGAUGUGGAUUUUCGUUAUGUUUGAUGGUAAAAUGAAUUGAAUGACGACAGCAAUCCUAUUUUUGGAUAUUGGAAAUGUUGCUACAGUUGAAAUUUCUUCUUGAUAAAUGUUGUGCUUUAUUAAUUAAUUCCAUAAUAAACUUGUAACCAUUGUAUAUUGUAAUUCUCACUGUAUUGGUUUUGUUUUUUUGGAACCCUUUCAGGAAUUCGGGGUUAAAGGGGGUACUGUUAUCGAGUGAUUUAUUUUGGUGAAUGUGGUUACUGUUUGCUAAUGUUCAAUAAUUUGGAUUUGGGAUUUGUAACAAGAAAUUGUGAGACUUGUGAGAUUUCAAUUUUAUUUGGUGGCGCCAACGCGGGCCACAGGUUUGUAAUUAAUGCCGUUAGGGCACAGGUUUAUUUGGUGGCACGUAAAUCUCGCUCAAGCUAUCAAGCCAACCGUAUCACUGUGUGAAUCAAGCUCAAUCAGGUGCCUACUUGCUUGGGAAGGCUCACGAGCUUGAAGUCGCUAUAGGCUGUAACUUGUUGUCUUGGGACUCAUUCAUGCAGUAAAGUAAUGUUCUUCUCAGCUUUCGUCACGUGCCAGUUAAAAACAACCAGAGAUCGAUGACACUUUUUUACCAAUCAAGAGCUGUACUUUAGUGGUUUAACAGUAAACUUUGGGAAGUGGCAGAUAUAUCAGACCUGGUGAAAACAAGAGUGGCCUUUUGGGUAAAGGCUAGGUGUAACAUUCAAGUUUAUUCUGUGGAGGAUUUCAAGAGAAACCUGAGUGGGAUUAGAAGAGUGAAUAUUUGACCUGCUUUGGUGGUUAGGGGUUGGUCUGGGUCUCAGUCUCUGGUUUGGUCUCAGGGUUGGUCUGGUUUUUUCUUCUUUUUGUUUUUUGGUCGUGGAGUUUUUCUCUGUGUCCUUGGUUGGGUGUCUUGGUUCUGGGUCUUUUAGUUUUUGUGGAGUCUUCGGUGUAUUUUCUUUGGGGUUCUCUGGGUCUGGGUCUGGGUCUGGGUCUUUUGCCAGUUUGGGGGAGUCUUGAGUCUUUUGGAUGUUUGUCCUUGGUUGUCUUCGGUUUGUUUUUGGUUCUGGUGUUGUGAGUCCGGUUACCUUGAAGUAUAUUUGUGCUUUGCUCUUUCAACUCCAGUUCUUGGAGGGCUAAGAGUUGUUUUCUGGAUUGCUGCUGGCAAAUCUUGGUGAUGCGCGCUCCUGCUGUGGAUGCUGAAUGACAAGUGUUCUGCUCUUGCAACUCCAAGUUUUGGAGGGCUAAGAGUUUUCUGGAUUGCUGCUGGCAAAUCUUGGUGAUGCACGCUCCUGCUGUGGAUGCUGAAUGACAAGUGUUCUGCUCUUGCAACUCCAACUUUUGGAGGGCUAAGAGUUUUCUGGAUAUAUAUAUGCUGUUGUUCUAUUUGUGCCUUUUGAUCGGUAUGCUCUUUCAAUUUCACUUGUUCAAGGGCUAAGAGGCUGUGAUAUGAUUGUAUUGUAUAGGUUUGAGGCACAUUAAUUUGGUAAUUCUCUGCUGUGAGUUCGCUGAAGUCUUAGUCAAGGAUUAUGAUACGAUUCCAUUUGGUUCUGGGUUUCUUAGAUGUGGUGAUAGUGUAUAUUGAAUGCUCUUUUCAACUCCAACCGUUUGGAGGGCUAAGAGUUGUUUUCGGUUUGAAGGCCUUAGUUUGGGGCUGUGCUAUUAAUACUGAGAAUCAGCUGUUGUUGUUAAGAGGAAGAUAGGAAGCUGCUCACCUUAUUUUGGUUUUAAAAGCUCUGAGUUUUUCAUUGUCACAUCUCUUCUCAACUCCUAAGAUUAGGAGGGCUAAGAGGUUUGGAGGCGACCCGUAAUUCUGCUGGAAUUAUGGACCUGAUGGAAUAGUGAUGCUGAUACUAAUGCUUAUACCGCUUCGUUUCAAAUGGCGUUUGUAUCAACCUACAAGUCGAUUUGCUCUUGAAAUUUUCAGGAUGAGCUUGCUGGAUUGGUUCUUUGGGCCAUGUUAACGUUAGGCUCAUUCAAUUUUCAUUGAAUGUAAUUUUUCUCUUUUGUUUACUCGUAAGCCUCUUAUGGUACGUCAACCUAGCUCUGUGGUUUAUAUCUGGUCUCUCCUUAAUGUACCCUAUGUCGAGUUUUUAAUAAAAUUUUGUUGCCUAUCAAAAAA